CGGAGGCACAGCCGGGGGAGGGGCUGCUGCAGUGUGAAGUGGGGGAGGGGCAGCGGCUGAGCCUCAGGUUCUUGGGCCUUUCCAACUGCCACCCACUGGAGAGGGGGCAUCGUGAUGAGGACAGUGGAGCUCUGUGACAUAGGCCUGUGGCCCUCCCCCUGAUCUGCCAGGGUCCUCUCAGGGCUCAGUUGCCUGAGCGCGACAGUGCACUUCAGAUGGAGAAGCUUCUCUCUCUUCAGAAGAGCGUCAGUGCCACAUGGCUAAACUUCGGCUCCACCACGUGGGCCAUGGAUAUGAUCCUGGCCUUCGCGUGCGGACUGGGGAUCUUCCUCCUGUUACUGCCCUUCCUCCCGGAUAAUCCACCAGUACCACCACCACCUCCUCUGAGAAAGAAGAAAGGCUGCAGAAAGUACCACAUGGUGAGGAAGGACUGGUGCAAGAUCAGGAAGAGGAGCUGCGCUCUGAGAGGUGAGGCUUGGUUCUCCUGCCCUGGAGGUGACUUCACUUUGCUGGUCCUUGAGUGGUUAGAGCCUCCCUCCCUGAGGAUGUCAGGAGGGAGGCCUGAGAGGGGGCUGCUGGAGGGAAAGCAGAGCCGGGAUAUGUCUCAGGCUCUGUGCUUAGCACAAGGCUGUGAGAGGCAGGGGGUGGGGGAUGUGCAGCAGAGGUGGAGCGGGUCUCUGUGGGCCGGUGCUGCUGGAUGACUUGGUGGGACCUCCAGGGGCAGCUGUGACAACAGCCUCAUGAGGCGGUAGCACAUCCGUCUUGGAGAUGAUCUGCCCCUUCUCCUCCACAGGAAAGUUAUCAAGAACAUGGAGGUUGGCGGGGAUGGAGGCGCCUCGUAAAGGAUACAGUGCUGCCUCUGUGUGACUUGGUGUCAGUGUCACUGGUUCCACAGCUUUGGACAGUGGUGCAUGGGCUCCAUGGUUAAGUUUCUCAGUUUUCCCAAGGAGACAUUCCCUUCUGCCGCCUGUGGGAUCCCAGACCUCUCUCUUCUUACUGUAACCCUUUCUGCCCUUGU